AUGGGAGGAGUUGUGGACAAGGAAAUAAACACUCGCAAAGGACCUUAUGUUUUUCGUUUGCAUGGACAGAAUUACCACCAUAUCGGAACUCUUUUACCUGAAGGUACAAACAAACCUCGGUUUGCACAGCUGUACAUCUAUAAUACCGAAAAUGAGGUGGCAAACAGGAUAAGUGCAUCAAGAUGCAAUGAUAAUAAAUCAACAGUGGACCCCAACAUUGUCAAAGAAUUGCAAAUAAUGCUCGACGACAACAACAUCCUCGCAAAAACAUUCAGAAUGGCAAGAGAUAGAUUCCAAGAAGGAGACUACCAUGAUUACACACUUCGGAUACUAGGAAAAAGGAACGGAACACACAACCUUCCAUCCGCAUCUGAAGUUGCAGCAUUGGUAGUAAGAGAUCCAACUGGAGAGAGUGAAGGACGUGACAUUGUUGUUGAGUACAAAAAUAUGGUGCCACAAAGGAUAUCAGAGAUCCACCCGAAAUUCAUGUCCAUGCAAUAUCCGUUAUUGUUCCCAUAUGGAGAAGAUGGUUUUAAACUUGAGAUACCGUACAAGAAAACAAAAGGAGCUAAAAACAGCAGGAAAUACGUAACGUUGUUGGACUACUAUGCAUUCUACCUACAGCAACGUCCAGACCAAGGAAUGUUAUUGCUCAAGUCUGGGCAUCUGUCACUGCAAUUUUGGGUGGAUGUAUACACAUGUAUCGAGCAAAAUAGACUAAACUGGAUCCGACACAAUCAAGGAAAGCUAAGAACUGAAAUUUACAAUGGAUUGCAGGAUGCAAUUAAGCGAGGGGACACAAGAACAGAGCAGGUUGGAAAGAGGAUAAUUGUGCCUUCAUCUUUUACAGGUGGUAGAAGGAACAAGGCACAAUACUUGCAAGAUGCAUUCGCAAUAUGUCGUUGGGCUGGAUACCCAGACCUGUUUAUAACAUUCACAUGCAAUGCAAAGUGGCCUGAGAUCCAAUACAUGCUAGAUGAAGCGGGAGGUGACCAAAAGCCAGCCGAUCGGCCAGAUAUUUUGGACAGAGUAUUUAUGAUAAAACUAAAGGAGCUAAUGAGAGACAUAAAAGAGAAGAAAUACUUUGGAGAAACACUUGCAAUUAUCUACCAAUAGAAUUCCAGAGGAGAGGACUCCCGCAUGCCCACAUACUAAUAUUUUUUAAGGACAAAGACAAGUACCCAGAACCAUCGCAAAUCGAUAAAAUAAUAAGCGCUGAGAUCCCAAACAAGGACGAGGAUCCUGAGGCAUUUGAAGCUGUCGAGAACUUCAUGAUGCAUGGCCCAUGUGGAGAGGCUAAGCAAAACUCGCCAUGCAUGGUGGACCAUAGAUGCAGCAAGCAUUUCCAAAAAGAUACAAUGUUAGUACUACCAUCGAUGAGGACGGGUUUCCAGUAUAUAAAAGGAAGGACGACGGAAGGCAAAUCAAAAAGGGAGUGGUCAUGCUCGACAACAGAUUUGUUGUGCCAUACAACCGAAAUCUUCUGGUCAAAUUUCAAGCUCACAUAAAUGUCGAAUGGUGCAAUAGGUCUAGAUCAAUCAAGUACCUAUUUAAGUAUAUCGACAGAGACAACGAUCAAGUUACAACCUUGCUCAAGGAAAGGCUCGCAGCAAACGAAACUGACGAGAUCAAGAAAUACCUAGAGAUGAGAUACAUAUCAACAUCAGAAGCAUGCUGGAGGAUAUUCCAGUUUGAUCUUCACUAUCGUGAUCCAGCUGUUGAGAGGCUACCUUUCCAUCUUGAAAAUGAGCAGCAAGUGAUUUUUCCUGACUCGACUGAUCUUGACAAGAUAGUUACAAGAGAAGGAUCUAAAAGUACCAAGUUCACUCAAUGGAUGGAGGUAAAGAAUUAACGUAUGCAGAAUUCCCUACAAAAUUUGUAUGGAAACGUUAAACAAAAUGUUGGCAGAAGCGAAAAAGGGACUAUGCAAUUGGAAGAAUCUACUAUGCACAUCCCGCAAGUGGUGAGCGACAUUAUCUGAGGAUGCUUCUAAACACGAAGAAAGGAUGCACAUCAUUUGAGGACAUUAGGACCAUUGACGGAGUCACUCACCCAACGUACAAAUCAGCAUGCCAAGCCCUUGGAUUUCUGGAUGAUGACACUGAGUGGAUUGACUGUAUCAAUGAAGCAUCAAGUUGGCCAUCUGGAACACAACUGCGUCAGUUAUUCACCACCAUAUUGUCCCAUUGCGAAGUCACAAACCCAAAGAUAUUGUGGGAUUCAACAUGGGAGGCAUUGUGUGAAGAUAUGCAAUGCAAAAGAAGGAUUAUUCUAAACUUUCCAACGCUUCAGCUCACCAACACACAGAAACAAACGUAUGGUCUGAUUGAGAUAGAAAAACUGAUGAGGCAAGUAGGAAAGUCAUUAAAGGAAUAUACAGAGAUAGAACUACCAAAUGCUGCAGAGCUAGAUGAACUUGGGAACAGACUAAUAAACGAAGAGGUCAACUACGACAUGGAGAAACUCAAGGAUGAGCACAAAACCAUACUAAACAAUCUUAACCAAGACCAGAAGAAAGCCUUUGAUAAAAUAAUGGAAUCCGUCAACAAAGGGCUAGGAAAGCAGAUAUUUGUCGAAGGCUACAGUGGCACAGGAAAAACCUAUCUAUGGAAAGCAAUAACGACGAAGCUAAGAUCAGAGGGGAAGAUAGUGCUUGCGGUGGCAUCAUGUGGCAUUGCAGCGUUGCUUCUCCAAGGUGGAAGGACAGCACACCAAGGUUCCGCAUUCCACUUAAUAUAACUGAAGAAUCAACGUGUGAAAUAAAACAAGGCUCACAUUUGGCUGAACUACUAAAGAAGACCUCACUUAUAUUGUGGGACGAAGCUCCUAUGGCAAACAAACACUGCUUCGAGGCACUAGACAAAAGCCUUAGAGAUAUUCUCAGAUUCACUAACGAGAACAGCGACGAAAAGCCAUUUGGUGGAAUGACAAUUAUACUAGGAGGCGACUUCAGACAAAUCCUACCAGUUAUAACCAAAGGAAGGAGAGAGCAAAUAGUUAAUGCUACAAUCAAAAGGUCAUAUCUGUGGAAACACUUUGAAAUAUUUGAGUUGACACAAAACAUGCGGCUGAAGUGUUUGUCUGAUGAUCCAAUACAAAAGCAAAAAGUCGCUGAAUUUGCAGAGUGGAUACUACAAAUUGGCGAUGGGAAAACAACAUCAGAUGAAGGAGAGGAUUGGAUAAAAAUACCAAAGGACCUACUGCUACAGAAAGGAGAAAAUCGUAAAGAACUAAUCGUCGAAAGCAUAUAUCCAAACUUGCUGCAAAAAUACCGUGAGCGGGAUUACCUAGAAGAAAGAGCAAUACUCUGUCCAAGAAAUGAUACAGUCAAGGAGAUAAACGACCACAUCAUGAGCCAAAUACAAGGUGAUGAGGUGACAUACCUAAGCCUGGACACCAUGUGCAAGGCAACGACAAACACCAACAUCAUGAUGAACAUGCAGCCUACUGAAUUCCUAAACACCUUGACGUUCCCUGGAAUCCCAGACCAUGAGCUAAAACUGAAAGUGGGUUUGCCGGUCAUGCUCCUACGCAACAUCAACCAAGCAGCAGGUUUAUGCAAUGGUACAAGAAUGACAAUAACACAACUUGGAAACAAAUACAUUGAGACACGAAUAAUCACAGGAACACACGUCGGUGACAAGGUAUACGUACCUCGAAUAAUCAUGUCACCCAGCGACUCAAAAUGGCCAUUCGUGCUGAAAAGAAAGCAAUAUCCAUUAUCAGUGUGCUUCGCAAUGACGGUAAACAAGAGCCAAGGUCAGUCCUUAAACAAGAUAGGAAUAUAUUUGCCUAAGCAAGUGUUCUGCCACGGACAACUGUAUGUGGCAUUAUCAAGAGUGACAAACAAGGAAGGACUGAAGGUAUUGAUCGAUGACAAAGAGUGUCCAACUGAAGAUGUCGCAAAAAAUAUUGUUUAUAAAGAGAUAUUCUAAUUUAUAGUGCAGUUGAUCAAGACAACCUUCCCGCAAAAAAAAGACAA